UUUGCCUCUCUUUGCUUCUCUUCCCCGUAGGUGGCAGUCCCUGGACCCACCUGUCUCCCACGGACAUGGACUCUCACCCCUCUCUGAAACCGCAAAAAUUUCGCUCCGCCCGCCUCCAAGUCUCGCCACCGCCGCUGCUCACCGCCCAAAUCGUCGGAGAAGAUAAUCCCCGGGACCUCCUUAGGAUGUACGCCGACACCCAGAAGGGCCGGCCGGGCUGCCGCCCCGUCGACGCCUCCCGCAGGGCGGACCUCGCGGUGGUCUGGCCGAGGUACUUCCCCGAGGAAACCGAGCACCCGGUCCCGGCGGACGACCCCAGGGCCAGGCUCGUCGGCGACCUGGUUAAGGUCAUGGGGCUGGAGGAGAGGGCCAAACUCCUCCCACGUGUUGAAGAUGAUGGUGUUGUCUUCUUCCUUCCGAUUGAUUUCCAGCAGCUUAAGAACUUGUGUGGUGGUACCAACCUCUUAGAUGCUCUCAGGGAAAAUCCUAAAGAAGCCUUGCUUUGCAUGGGAGUUGCAGUUCAUCUGGCUAAGUGCUUGGGCAAUGGCCUCCAGUUGAGCGACGUAGACAAGGUCAAUAUCAGGCUUUACAACCACACCGAGACAAUAAUUGCUUUGAAGAAUUUGAAAGCGGCCUAUAUUAAGAAACUAGCGACAGUGCGUGGUACUGUUGUAAAAGUCAGUACUGUGAAACCUCUAGUUCUGGCGCUGGAGUUCCAAUGCACGAAGUGUGCUACAGUCAUCCGUCGUGUGUUCUCUGACGGGAAAUUUUCACCUCCAGUAUCCUGCAUAAUUCAGGGCUGCAAGGGCAGAACCUUCACCCCAGUGAGAUCUACUGCCAAGUUGAUAGAUUUUCAGAAAAUAAGGAUACAGGAGCUUUCUAGUGCUGAAAACCGUGAAGAAGGCCGAGUGCCACGAACUAUAGAAUGUGAGCUCACAGAAGAUCUUGUAGAUUGUUGCAUCCCUGGAGAGGUUGUAACGGUAGCUGGAAUCGUCAAAGUGCUGAACAACUAUAUGGAUGUUGGAGGAGGUAAGUCCAAAAGCAGAAACCAGGGUUUAUACUACUUGUACUUGGAAGCAAUCUCAGUAAGGAACUCCAAGGCCCAUGUUGUUUCAGAAAAUUCAGAUGCAAGUUCUACUGAUAUUCUGGCUACUGGAUCCUUCAGUUUCGAAACUUUUACUGAUAAGGAUCUUAAAUUCAUCACCGAAUAUAAUAGCGAGCAUGGUGCUGAUGUAUUUCGUCAAAUACUUCACUCCUUUUGCCCCUCCAUCUAUGGGCAUGAACUUGUAAAGGCCGGUAUCACUCUUGCGCUUUUUGGUGCUGUGCAGAAGCAUUCAAUGGAUCAGAACAAAGUCCCAAUUAGAGGAGACAUCCAUGUUAUUAUUGUUGGCGAUCCAGGACUAGGCAAGAGCCAAUUACUAAAAGCUGCAGCAUCUGUUUCCCCACGGGGAAUAUAUGUAUGCGGGAAUACAACCACAAAUGCUGGUCUAACAGUUGCUGUGGUUAAAGAUUCAAUGACAAAUGAUUAUGCAUUUGAGGCUGGGGCCAUGGUUCUUGCUGACCGUGGGCUAUGUUGCAUUGACGAGUUUGACAAAAUGUCAGCAGAGUAUCAGUCCUUACUGGAAGCCAUGGAGCAGCAGUGUGUAUCUGUGGCAAAGGCUGGCCUUGUGGCGAGUUUAUCUGCCCGCACUUCUGUGCUAGCAGCUGCUAAUCCUGUUGGUGGUCAUUACGACCGAGGCAAAACAGUGAAUGAGAAUUUAAAGAUGAAUGCUGCCCUGCUCUCUCGGUUUGACCUGGUUUUCAUUUUACUUGACCAGCCAGACUUGUUUCUAGAUAAGAGAGUAUCAGACCACAUAAUGGCACUCCAUACCAAUGACAGAAGUCCUUGCUCAUCCAACAAGAGGCUAAGAACAGUGCCUCAAUUUAAUGGCAGUAUGGGGAUUGGAAUUGAUGAGAAAAAAUUAGCUUCAAGGCUGAGACUACACCAAGAGAAAGACAGGGACUUUGUUCCGUUACCUGAACCACUUCUUCGCAAGUAUAUAUCUUACGCGAGAAGCUAUGUUACCCCCCGUAUGUCAGAACCAGCAGCGGUGGUACUGCGGAAAUAUUACUUGAAUUUGAGAGCGCAUAGUACUUGUUCUGAUGGCACACCCAUCACAGCCAGACAAUUGGAAAGCCUUGUGAGGUUAGCAGAAGCUCGCGCUCGGGUGGAUCUAAGAGAAGAAGUGACUGAACAAGAUGCGAAUGAUGUUGUUGAGAUCAUGAAUGAAUCCUUAUAUGACAAAUAUGUUGAUGAGCAUGGUUGUGUGGACUAUGCUCGGAGUGGUGGGAUGAGCCAACAAAAGGAGGCAAAAAGACUUAUGAGUGCCUUAAACAAGCAAUCUGAGUUGCAGCAAAAGGAUCACUUUUCAAGAGCCGAGAUACGGAGCUUAGCAGAUAAAAUCAGCUUGCAAGUUCCAGAUUUAGAUGAUAUUAUGGAAAAAUUGAACAGUGCCGGUUAUAUUGUACAUAAAGGACAAAACAUAUACCAGAUAUUGACCUCAUCAUGUUCACGGACCCAGCCAACAAGAUCAAGAUGCAGCUGUUUUGAAGUUAGCAGCCAGGACCCUGAGCAACAUAAACAGGCAAUUGGGUCGACGGGAGCUUGGAACUUCUCCCCAUCAAUGUGCCGCCAGCGCCUUCCACCGUUCCACGAAAUGGACCACAGCGAUCAUAAUAUGUACUGUAGUUCCAGUGAUGCUUGUCCUGCCCUAUCUGCCGCCAAUGCUUCACUUGUUCCGUGUUGGGGCAUAUCUUUCGUUGCCCAUUAGUGGUAGACGCCAAUGAUGAAAGCAAUCAAACUAGUUUCCUCCUCUUAUCCUCUUAGGUUGUGCAGAGUUUGCAGUGAGUGAAAAACAUAAUCAGCUGUUAUUUGCACAACUUUUUCAGUGUGAGUUACUAUACAAUCGGCAAAACUGCAUCCAUGUCAUUAUGGAAUUUGCACACACAAAAAAACAUGAUGCAGAAGCAUCGUAGAGGGUAGAUAAAACUUGCUAUCCAAAUUAUGGAAACAAAACUCAAUAGCGACAGUCAACAGCACACAAGGAACAGAACACAUCUCGCUAGUACAACUUCAGGGUACG